AAUCGAUCGAUUAUUGAGCAUAUAUAAAGUCAAAUAGUUCAUCAGAAGUUCAGUCGAAGUUAACGAACGAAGCACAGACAGCAGCAAAUAAUACAAAAUGAAAGCAAUUAUUGGAAUACUACUUAUCCGAGUGAUAAUUAUAUUUGCUCAACCCAUUGAUGACUUUGCCACAUUUGGAACAUCACCAGAGUCGGAAAUAACUGAACCCCAAACAGCUUCAACAGAAAAUACAGAGAGUUCUCCAACAUAUAUUGAGAUUUCUACAGAAGAAACUGAAGUAACAGGAGCAACUGAAGAAAGUGAAGUAACAGAAGAAACUAAUGUAACAGAAGAAACUAAUGUAACAGAAGAAACUAAUGUAACAGAGGAAACUGAAGUAACUGAAGAAACAACUGACCCACCAACGUCCACAACAGAGGAACUAGAAACCACUGUCGAACCAAUAGUUGUAUGUGAUGAGGGAGUCGCAUUCCUGCCAGCGCCGGAGUGCACUGAUUACUACAUGUGUCUACAUGGAGUGGGCAUCUUAAAAUCAUGUCCAGACGGUCUCUACUGGGAUCCCAGAUGGAGCACCUGCAAUUGGAACUCAGCAGGUUGCAAUAACGAGUUACCGGAAUACCAAUGUGAAGACGGUGUUGACUUUCUGCCUGUGGAAUCAGAUUGCACUCAGUACAUUCAGUGCGUUCACAAUAGUCCCAUACAGAUGACAUGUCCAGCUAAUCUCCUUUGGAAUCAGCCACUUCGAAGAUGUGACUAUGAAUGUGAAAUUUAGAAAUUUCCUAAAUUUUAUUAAAUUAAUUUUGUUUAUCUUUUUUUUUUUCAUUAUUAUUAAUUGAUAUGAAAAAGUGAAUCAUUCGCCAAGAAUGUUAACUGCUAUUGAAAAUAAUAAAUAGAUUGGAGUUAUAUAAAUUUA